UAUUCCUCCUUUUACCCACUUUCCGUCUGAAUUUCUUAUUCAGUGUUUGUUACUCUCUUUAAUCUAUUUUCUACACCCAGCACCGUUGCAUUACAGUUAAUUUGUUUGGCUUUAGGCUUUUAGGGUUUCCCUGUUAACAAUUUCUUUGGUGUCUUUGGAUUUUGUUUUGUGUUUUCGCAGCUUGUAAGUGCUGCUCAAGUCAUAAUUUGUAUUAUCUAAUACCAGGGAAGAUCAAUUGGUGAGGAAUGAACAGCUCCAGGGAAGAUUCUCCAGAUUGGCUGCGCUCUUUUCAGGCACCAACUUCUAAGUUGACAUUAUCUUCGGAUUCCGAUUCUUUGCCAAAUGGUAGCCCGCUCGGGGAGGAUAAAACUGAUGAUGAAGACAUCAUUCUACACAGGUCAUCAAAAUUGGAAAAGAAGAAUGUAAACAACGAUAAAGUAGAUCAAACACCUCGGGAAAAAAAUGAAAACCGAGGGAGUGAGGAGGAUGGAAAGGUUUCUUUGGAAGAAAUGUCCGAGAAAGACUUGGGGUCUCAUGCAGCAAAUCAUUCAAUUUGGACAUUGUCAUCGGAUUCAGAGUCUUCUCCUGGAAGGAAGGAGAAAGGGUCUUCAUCUCAAGAAAGUGGUGAGACCAGUGAUCCAGUUCUGACUGGCAGAAUUGAAAAGGCUCAACAAAAGAAGACAUCUAAAGGAAUAUCUCCGAAAAUGGGGGUAAAAAUUGGGGGUCAGACUCCCAAAAAGGAGAAGAAUGUGAAAGAUGGUGCAAAGGUUACAGAAAAUGAUGGUACUGUGGAAACAUCUGAGGAGGCAGCAUCGGAGAAGCACUUUGAACCUCAUGUUUCACCCUCAAGGUUGCCUUUGGUUCUGUCUGAUAAAGUUCAACGCUCAAAGGCACUUGUUGAGUGCGAAGGGGAUUCAAUAGAUUUGAGUGGCGAUAUAGGGGCCGUUGGUCGAAUUGUAGUUUCUGGUUCUGCAUCUGAAAAUCAUGAGAUGUUCUUAGACUUAAAAGGAACCAUAUACAAAACAACAAUAGUGCCUUCCAGAACAUUUUGCAUCGUUAGCUUUGGUCAGACUGAGGCUAAGAUAGAGGCUAUCAUGAAUGACUUCAUUCAGAUGAAGCCACAAUCCAAUGUUUAUGAAGCAGAAACAAUGGUGGAAGGAACACUAGAGGGCUUCUCGUUUGAUUCUGAAGAUGAAGCUGAGAAGAUGCCGAAGCAUCAAACUGAUCAAAAUGAGGAGAUUGAUGGGCAAAUGAAUGGGAAAUCCAAAGGAAGAGCAGAGAAAACAUAUAUGGCAUCCCGGAAGAGAGGUAAAACUGGUGGAGGAAAGUCGCAGCCAGCCAAGAAAGCAAGAAAGAAGACGGCCGUCUCGAAGAAACCCAAGGCCAAGAAAUGAAUGAGAAGACAAGCCAAUGCUUUGCCAAUGAUGGUUGGUAUCAUUGUAUUAGCAUCUUUCACGACUCUGAAUCACAUCCCAUAGCUAGAAUGUUUUCUGUUUUUUUCACUAAUCAUACGCAAACGUAAUAUUAUUGAAUGCCCACAAUCUUAAAAUAAGUAUUUUUUAUUUUAA